AUGGAGGCGCAAGAAAAUGUUUUGACUUCUGAACUGAUUUAUUUCAAGCAUUUUGAAGUCAUAGGUCAAAUGAAUUUUAAGUUAAAAGUAAUUGAAAUGUUAGAUAACAACCAUAUGCAAAGCAACCUCAGAAAACUUUUCGUGAUUAAAUUUCAUUCCAUUACAAGCUUUGUUGUUAUUUACGCGUACAUUUCCUUGACGAAGACAGUCGCUUAA